CUUUUUUAAAUAAACAAUGACAAGAUUUGGUGCUGUGUUUCUGUGCUGCGCCAGUCGCCAAAUAACUGGGAGAGGUAAACUUUUUUCGAGCCUCCGUGCUUCAUCUUCUCGAGGGAACUGUUCGAAUUCGACGACUAAGUUCCAUGUAUGCUCGUUCUCCAUCUCCGAUACGUCAAUACCAUGCUCGAAAAGAAGCAAAAAAGAAGAGUUGGAGGGGACAAUAAACAGUUCAGUUCAGUUCGGUCCGAAGAAGGAUUCAUGUACUCUUACGAGAAACAUACACAUUCCCCGGAAGCUGUGGCURGUUAAAUUAAUAAUGAUGCAUAUGACCGGAAGGCGAGUUUCGGAAACAGGGCAAGCAAAGGGUAGAACGAUUAAUUUUAUUUUGAAGUUCAUGGAUAAAGUGGAAAAUCAUGAGCCUAAUAAAAUGCAAUGUCAUUUGGUUUACGAAUCCCACGGCAGUUACAAUUACGGCGUAAAAUUUCAUGGAGCGAGCAAGAACUUUAUUGUUGGUGCGUUUAAAUCCAGGAAUCCACUCUUGAGAUGAACUGCUCAAUGGAAAUUAAAGACAGAUAGCUUGCUGUUUUAUCUGAGAGAGAUGAACUCCCUCUGUAAAAGAGGAAUAAUAUGCGAACCAAAUGGUGGAUGAGGGAACAGGUAAGUUGUUAAUACGCUCUUAUUUAUUUCAGAUGCAUCACAUUUUUUUAGAUUUAAGUUUACAUCGUUAUAAAGUUCGGGAGAUAUGUGAUCAACUUUCUUUUAACUUGUCUGGUAAGUAGUUAAUAGGAGGUACUUUUUGGAUGAGUUUUGGUUAAUCGAAUUCUACUUGUUGGGAACUCUUUUUCCUUUUUUCUUUUUGGUUUUCAGUAACUUCGGGCUAGACAUAAUUGAUCAUUUAAACAACUUCAACUAUAUGUAUUAACACUACCCAAGAUUGAUGGGACCGGCCAAAGGGAUUCCUGUGUUAUAGUAUUCAGGCAGUUCUUUUAAAUACCAGUAUAUUUGGUAUGUUACCAAAUCAAAUUGUGAUUAUUCAUGCAGAAAAGGUGUCCAACCUUGAUAACAGACUGAACAACGAUGAAUAUCAUUAUCAUAUGUCAAAACAAAAAUCGAUUUCACAGCUAGUCACAACUUGAGGCAGCAGAAACAUUGAAUAUCUCUCUCAUCUAGAUCCCCCAAAACGUCUAGAAUUGUCAGAUAUAAGAUUCAAUGUUUCAAAUCGAGCCUCAAAAAGUCUUUAAGAGAUGUAACUGUUUGAACUCUAGGUUCUAAGAAAAUGGUAUCUGGCCAAUGUGGUUAUUCAAAAUCAGAUGCUCGUUGCUGCAUAACUAUUAUUUUGAACACUUUCCACAAUUUUUAGAACGAGGCACUGUUAGAAGAGUACUUACUUAGAUAGUCAUUUAUUCAUCCACUACCUACCACACUGAGAGUUUGCUUUUAUGCGAGUAAAAUUUUAUGUUCAUGUGCAUACCACCUAUCAAUAAAACUCAACCACAAAUUUCAUUGCGUAUAACUGAUGUGUUGACCACUUUUUGUCACAAACUUAACAAUCUCCUCAUUGAACAAAGAUCUACCAGGUUUUUCCUCAACAAUAUUUUUACCAGAGCAUGUUGUCUAUCUAGUAGAGUUCUAUUAUCGAAGUAAUGUGGUCACUAAAGGGUCUAAUUUUUGACAUAAAAAGUUGUUUUCUUUGUUUUGUUUUUUGAUAUUCAUUGGAUUCGGGCCAACUUGUAUGCAUGUUGAUUAAUCUUACAAAACAACAACCUGACCCUACUAUAUUUGAAUGUCAAAUAAACUU